CGACUAAUCACACGAUAGCCCCUUUCUUUCCUCCAUGAUCAAUAAAUAAGCCACGAGGUCGAAUACGAUCGCUCUCUCCAUAAAAAGAGAGAAAACAAAUCACCAAUUUCUCUCAAAGGCCAAUCUAAUCUAUCUCAGUGAUCUACUUGCAAAAGUCUCCUCGAGAGGCCCAGUAGUUUUUUUAAAACAUGGCUGGCCAAAACGCGCGUUUGAAUGUGGUUCCCACUGUUACUAUGCUCGGUGUGAUGAAAGCUCGUCUUGUUGGAGCCACAAGAGGCCAUGCUCUCCUCAAGAAGAAGAGCGAUGCCUUAACUGUUCAGUUCAGAGCCCUUCUCAAGAAGAUCGUUACGGCCAAGGAAUCAAUGGGAGACAUGAUGAAGACAUCGUCUUUUGCUCUUACCGAAGUCAAGUACGUGGCUGGUGAGAAUGUUAAGCAUGUAGUUCUCGAGAACGUUAAAGAAGCUACGCUGAAAGUUCGUUCAAGGCAAGAGAACAUCGCUGGUGUGAAGCUUCCAAAGUUUGAUCAUUUCUCUGAAGGCGAGACCAAGAACGACUUAACCGGUUUAGCUAGAGGUGGGCAACAGGUCCAAGCUUGCCGUGUGGCUUAUGUGAAAGCCAUUGAGGUUCUGGUUGAGCUUGCUUCUCUCCAGACUUCGUUCUUGACGCUUGACGAAGCAAUCAAGACGACUAACCGCAGGGUCAACGCUCUGGAGAAUGUGGUGAAACCCAAGAUUGAGAAUACGAUCAGUUACAUCAAGGGAGAGCUUGAUGAGCUUGAGAGGGAGGAUUUCUUCAGGCUGAAGAAGAUUCAGGGAUACAAGAGGAGGGAAGUCGAGAGACAAGCUGCUAACGCUAAGGCCUUUGCUGAGGAGAUGGUUCUUGAAGGUAUCUCUAUGCAGAGAGGGAUUUCGAUUAACGCUGCUCGUAACUUGCUUGAAGGUGGGGCAGAGAAGGAUGCAGACAUUAUCUUCUGAAGUGUUGGGGCUCUCUAUUUAUCUUUUGUUAUUACUCUCUUCCUCAUGACUUUAUGUUUCUUCAAAUAAAAUGGAUAUGAUGUAGAUGAAAUAUUGUAUCAUCUUGGAUUGUCCUUUGCUAUAUAACUUUCUUGGAGAGAUUUGUGAUUGUUAAUGUUCAGUGUAAUAAUUAUUCCCCUGU